GAUCCAUAUGUCGACAUUGGUUGUAUUAUUACUUCUGUACUUCGCUCAUACUUUGGGAAUUCCUGAUGAACCAUCCUGUUCCUGUCCGUUUCUUAUUGCUGGCAAAGAAGAUUGUUGUUGCGACAAAACAUCUGCUGGAUACAACGAGAAAACGUUUAAGUUUUGUCUGAACCAAGCUAAAAGACAGUUAAACGCCGUUUGCAUAAAUCCAGCUCUCUAUUUUGGUGUCAACGUAAACUUCGAGACCUUCUAUGAUGAGAACGGACAUAAGUGCUAUACCGCUUUUUCUUAUAGUGCAUUAAACUUUGUUAAUGCGCCAGUUUUGGCUGUGAGUUUGCGGGAUACCUCUGAGUUAAAGUCUGCGUAUCAAAGCAGCUAUCAGACAACGGGUUUUACAAAUGUGCUCACAGAUGCCAUUUUGAGUAAGGAGAGAAUCGCUAUUCAAUUUGACAAUGGAAUACAAGGAGUGUUUUCUCUUCCUGGAGCCAGCAGUGAUGGAGGAUGCAACGUGGCAUAUUUUCCAAAAUUUAUGCACAAUACCACACACUCCUGCCGUCGCUUCCUCACUGUGACUGAUGGUGGGAAAAGCUGUUCCCAUAUACCCGGGCUACAAAGGUAUUCGAGUGGUUUCAAAUUCCGUCAGCGUACUGAACCAAUGAUAGAGCCGAAGAAAUUCAGCCUCUUUAUACCAAUCUCUCCCGUCACAUGUGUGGAUGAAUUUGGCACGAGUGUCUCAUGCCCGAAGGGGAACACCACUUACGACAAGAAGCACCAAGUUUGUGGGAACGUAAUUGUUAGGGUUACCUACACGUUUGCUUUCAACGUGACCGGUUUGCAGAAGGUUAUGGUGGAGGCUGUCGUCAAAGAUAACCUAACUCACUCUUUUGACCAAACGUUUGUGAUUCAGUUCACCGAGACUCGCAAUGAUUCGAAUCCAAAUCUGUUGAGACCCCAAGAGAGUGACUAUUUGAGCGGUGCACCGGGGUAUCGCGCUCGCUAUCCUAUUCGAGCCGGAGUGUUGACCAAAUCAGGAUCUAUAAAGAUGACCUCGGUGAAGAUCAGUCUCCCUUUGGAUCAACGUGAGGCAGCUGGACGCAUGCAUGGUUGGUGGGCUGUCCCUGCUGGUGGCGAAUGUAAACCCCCACUGAAUGCAACUACGGACAUUUCAACUGUCCGCUUUGGAGUGAACUUUCGGUCAAGCUGCAUACUCGAAUACACAUCUUCGAUCUCUGAUCAAGGAAAUCUGAGUGCUUGCGUGGCACUGGAAGAGCAAAUUCUGUCGGCGCUCAAUGCGGACACUGUGGCUCCAACACAUGUAUCCCGGUGGGGGAAUUCGCCUGAAUCCAACGUUUCCGACUGGCUACCAAUCACUAUAUCACAGAUCAAUAGACCAGGAUACAGUAACGAAAAGGUCACUGCAACUGAGAGGUCAUGUAACAAUAUAAUCAUAGGCCAAAUUAUACGUAUCGUGUAUGCGCGAACGGGACAGUUGACCAAUUUGCAAAAUCAAAUAUUGGCUGUUCAAAGGCGCUUCUAUCGCGGCAUCAUCGCCUUUAAGUGUGGUGGGCGCUACUGCAUGAAAUCGAAUUCCAAGUUGACCCAAACGAAAUCAGUCAAUACAGAAGUUCGAUUCGUGGACGCUACGAUAACGCCCGUAAUCAAAAGGCAAAGCCGACCGAUUAGCGAAACGUGGGAUCCAGGAAGCUUUUUGUAUUUGUUUCAAGCAAACAGCAGGGCCAGUGAGCAGUGACAUCCGUUUGACAAUUCCCCUUCUCAUUCAUCUCUUUAUAGUGAAUAAAAUUUCCUGAUUCCCGUCUUCUGUGAA